AUGGGCUCUUUGAGCAUCACCAUCACCCUCCCCUUCUGGCACAUCAACGUUCCCGAACCGGAGCGGACGCCUGUCUGCCCGCCCUUCCUCGUCGGCCUCAACCCGAAAGAUCUCCGGACCGUCUCAACACCAGACGCAGAGUACCGCACCCAAUCAUGGGAAGAGGUCUGCUACCUCAUCCGCACAAACAACCUGGAGCGGUUCCAGCGCAUCCCUUCCAACCUGCGACGCUACAAGGCUUUCACCUACCGCCUGGGCAAGCUCCACGGCAGCAUCGCCAACUUCGUUCUGAGCCAACGUCUGCGCUGGGAACUGCCCGUUGUGCCUCGCGGCGCCCCAUUCCAGUACGCGGAUGAUUACAAGAUCCUUCACAACGACUGGCCCUAUGGACUUGAUCCCAGAAUCGUGCACUUGGUCGUUUGGACCAAGUUUGAGCUCAAGGCGGUCUCUGCCACUGGCGACCUGACGGACAAGGCGAGAAGGGAGAUUGACGACUUUGUGACCAAGACAUUCCGGUCCCGGGUGCCCUCAAACCAGGUCAUGUGGUUCAAAAACUGGGCUGCUCUCAAGUCAAUCCACGCCGUAGAACACUUCCACGUCAUGCUCUUCAACCCAGACCCCGAUUUCAUCAGGGAGGUUACAAACGGCGAUGUGCCUCAGUGUGAAAAGGCCGACAUCUAG